UUAUUUUUUCUCUUCCUCUUUCUCUGUUUUACUUCUUUAUUUAUACGUAUAAUAACCAUUCAUACUCUCCUCAUCUCUAUUUUUUAAAAAACAAAAAAAGUGAUGGAGAGGGAAUGUCAUGAUGGUGCCAUACCCACGACGCCACUUCCGAAGAACAAAACAAAUUCACGAAAAAGAACUAUACGCUAUUGUCAUGCCUGCCAACAACCUUGCUUACCCUCAGAUCGAACCUUGAUCCGUGCUUUAGGUCAAAUUUAUCAUUCUCAUUGCUUUACCUGUGAAGAUUGUCAGUUAUUGGUUACCGAUAAGUUUUAUGCAUUGAAACAAAAUACAACUUAUAAAAUUGUAUGUGAACAACAUUAUUAUGCUCAAAUGUGUGUCCAAUGUCCUGAUCAUGAUCCAAUAGAACCUAAAUUCGAAUUUCAAGGUCGAUUAUAUUGUUUACUUCAUUUCUCUGCUAUCAAAGAAAUUCAAUGUGCUGGUUGUCAUCAAGCUAUUGUCAAACAAUUUGUUGAAAAUAAAACUCAUCCUGGAAAAAAAUGGCAUCCUGAAUGUUAUAUGAUUUUCAAGUUUUGGAAUGUACGAUUGGCUGAUACUCUUCAUGAGAAUGAUAAUGGAAAAUUGGCUAUGGUUCGACUUGAAGAAAAUCAACUAGCAAUGGAACGAAAAGUUAAUCGAAUUUGGACUGAUCUAAGUUCUUUUGAAGAAUCAUCUGCUACUUGUAUAUCAGAUAUGCUCCUGUUGAUGGCUGCCGGGGCAUACGUCGAAGGAUUUAGAAUGGCAAGUCAAUUUAUAAUGCAUUUGGAAGUUUUAUAUAAUGCUUUGGAUAAUAUACGACAUGUCAUGACUAAUUAUAACAAAGUGUUACCAUGCGAAAAGGAAUGUAAAAUUGUAUCUAAUCAAGUGAUUCGAUUCUUUCAUCUGUUGGCUCAUCCUGAUGGUUCUCUCAAAGAUAACAAAUUGGGCGUGACACAAGAAUUACUGUGUUUGGUCACAAGUCUUGCUCAAAAUUUGAAAACGUUAAUAAGGAUUGGCCUGACUGAAGCAUUAUCUUUGGAACGUGAUUGCCAUGUUGCUGAUGCUAUACCAAGAUUUUUAAACAACUUGUUAGAAUUGGAAAGAAAACGGGUUUGGAUUGGUGGUCGUUACUGGUUCAAAGAGGAUCCUUUCCCCUUGGAUCGUUUCAAGUUGGAUCAUCCUCAAGAACAAUGUUAUUCGUGCAAACAACCUAUCGACAAUGAUUGCUAUCAACAUGAAAAUCAUCAAGAACAAUGGCAUCCUAGUUGUUUUAUCUGUUCAAAGUGUCAACAUCCUCUUACCAAUGAUCUACUGAUUGCUCGAUGUAUUAAUGAAUCUGGAACUCGUGUGCUUGUAUGUGAUCCUUGCAUUACCCAUAAUGAUGAUAAUGAUAAUAACACUUUUAUACAUCUGACUCAAUUACAAUACUAUAUAUACCUACUCAAAUUGGCUCUUUCUCGACUUUAUUUUGUCAUGCAUUCUUCCUCAGGUUUAGAUAAACAAUCGAAUGAACAAAAUCACGCCAAAAUCAAUACAAACAAGGAUGAUUCUUCUCCAUUUUUAUCAACCAAUUUUUUACGACUGACAAAAGAUAUGAAUCCUUCUACUGGACGACGUCCUUCUUUAUUUGGUUCUGUUCAUUUCGGAAAUAUCAGACGUGCCAAAUCAAAUCGUUUAGAUCAAAUCAGUGAACAUCCUCAAGAUCAACUCUCCAAUCAUUCAUCCCAUUUAACAAAGCGUUCUUUUACUAUCCACAGUCAUACGUUAGAAGAAGAUAAUAUCAAAGCUUCGUCUUCUACCAUCGGUCGUGUCUUCUCAACCAGUCGAUCCGCCCGUAUGGGAAGUAUAAGAAAAGUACUUAGUCGUCAUGGUGAACGUGCUUCGAUAUACAACUUAUUUGAUCGUCGGCCUUCCAAGCAACAAUCUACAUUGGAUACUCAAAACGACAAACCAUUCAUGGCGUCUUCUGUGUCACCAUCCUUAUUCGCCUUAACGCCGAAACAUUAUUUGAUGAUUCGCCAACUUGCCGCUAAAACCAUUGGCGCCUACUUGCCGCAUUUGUAUUCUAUGGAACAAUGGAUGAUGUUGGUAGAAUGCAAGAAACCAUCCCUUUGGGACAAAUUCAAAACAAGGAUCAAAUCGGAAGAAGAAGAAAAUUUUAGCAUGGAUCGACAUCUAUUACACCACUAUAACAAGACAGGGAAUUUGGAUCACAUGAUAUGCUUGUUCUCCUCUCAACAUUGCAAGGUACCUCCUUUUAUGCAACAUUGUAUAUUGACAUUAUUACAACGAGAUAUGUCUGUGGAAGGUAUCUUUCGAAAAAAUGGCAAUAUUCGUGAAUUGAAACAAUUAGAAGAUACCUUGGCGAAAAAGAAUACAAUAUCAAUGAUGGAAUUAUUAGAUCAACAAUCAUCCAUUCAAUUGGCAGCUUUAUUGAAAAGGUACCUACGUGCCUUACCUGAACCUUUAUUGACAUUUCGACUUUAUCCAGUAUUUAUGGCGGCCAUAAAUCUAAAAAGAGAACAAGAUAUCAAAAGGACACUUCAUCUUGCAUGUUGCAUGCUUCCAAAAGAAAAUCGGGACAUUAUGCAAGCAGUGUUUGGAUUUCUUUUCUAUGUAGCGACAUUCAAAGAUCAAAAUAAAAUGGAUAUCUACAAUUUAGCCAGGAUCAUGGCCCCUAGUGUUUUAUAUGAUCAUCAAGAAGGUUCUCAAACUAUUCCUCAUGAUGAAAUCAAGGUAGUGGAAUGGUUGAUCCGAUAUCAUGAUUCAUUUUCAAAGACGCCUGAAGAUAUGUUGGUUUUCUUAUCGGACAUAGAUGAUCCAAAAUGGAAACAAACAUUAAAAAAGAAAACAUCAUUGCAUUCUCCUACUUACGAUAUGUCGCCUUUCCCUGGUCGUCGUGCCUCUCAACCUGCCAUCAUUCAAACUUCUACUUUCUCGAAAUCAUAUCAUCGACUUUCUUGGAGACGGAAACCAUUAUUUUGACGAUUCCCUUUUUUUUUUUUUUUUU